AGAAGAUAAGUGUGACAAUUAACAAUAUUAAUAUUUAUUUUUUUAAAAUAUGCACGCAAUAAAAAUUCUGUAAAAUGCUGGCAGAUUGCCAAUUUUAUAAAGAUCGAUUUUGACAGGAAGAAAUCUAUAAAUUGGAGCAAUCAAAAAAUUUAGAUAAUUUAAUUUAGUUUAAUAAAACAAAUAUUUUUUCAGUUUAAACAACCAAGAGAAUAACAGCAACAAUAAAUAAUACUAAGAAAUGGCUGACCAAAAACCCGAAGUUAAAAACGUCGAAUAAGAAAUCGAAACUGGCGAAAGCAAGCAAAGAGAAGGUGAAUCAAAGAACGCCUACAAGGCCAGACUAAAAUAAGAAAAGUUAGAAAAGGAAAAGGCUGAAAAGGCUGCUAAGAAGGCUGCUGAAGAAGCUGCUAAGGGUGAAAAGGCUGCUACUAAGAAGGUCGAUGAAGAAGAAUUAGACCCUACUGCUUACUAUGAAAAUAGAUGCAAGGCUGUCUAAGAUUUAAUGACCACUGGUAAGCCUUAUCCUUAUCCUCACAAGUUCGAUGUUUCUCACAGCAUCUCUCAAUUUAUUGAAGAAUUCGACCCCAAGCUCACUGAAAACGGAUAAACUAUUGACACCAUCGUCACUAUUGGUGCUAGAAUUACCAGUUUCCGUGCUUCUGGUAAGGCUCUCAUCUUCUACCAAGUCUAACAAGAAGGCAAGAAGCUCUAGGUCUUAGCCAACAAGAGCGUUUACACUGAUGCUGAAUACUCUUUUGAAGAAAUCAACUCUCUUUUCAAGAGAGGUGAUAUCAUUGGUAUUACUGGUAAGCCCACUAGAAGUAAAACUGGUGAAUUGUCUAUUGCUCCCACCAAGCUCUAACUCCUCUCACCUUGCUUACAUAUGUUACCCAGCUUACAUACUGGUUUGAAGGAUAUGGAAACUAGAUACAGAAAGAGAUAUUUGGAUUUAAUUAUGAACAACAGUAGCAGAAACAACUUCAUUACUAGAACCAAGAUCAUCAGCUACAUUAGAAGAUACUUAGAUGACAGAAAUUUCCUUGAAGUCGAAACUCCCUAAAUGAACAUGAUUCCUGGUGGUGCCGCUGCCCGUCCUUUCGUUACCCAUCACAAUGAUUUGAAUAUGGAUAUCUUCAUGAGAAUUGCUCCCGAAUUAUACUUAAAGAAUUUAGUUGUUGGUGGUUUUGAAAGAGUUUACGAAAUUGGUAAAUAAUUCAGAAACGAAGGUAUUGACAGAACUCACAACCCUGAAUUCACCUCCAUUGAACUUUAUCAAGCUUAUGCUGAUUACGAAGAUAUGAUGAAACUUACUGAAGACUUAUUGUCUUCUCUUGUUAUGAAGCUUACUGGUUCUUACAAGAUUAAGUUCCACCCUGAAGGAAAGGAAAAUCCCGAUAACUCCUACGAAAUCGAUUUCACUCCUCCCUUCAAGAGAGUUCCUAUGAUGGAAACCCUCAGUGAAAAACUCGGAGGUGUUAAAAUGCCCGAAAACUAUGAUACUGAAGAAGCCAGAGAAUUCUUCGACAAGUUAUGUGUUCAACACAAUGUCGCUUGCUCUGCUCCCAGAUCUACUACCCGUUUGAUUGACAAGCUCGUUGGUCACUUCAUUGAAGUUGACUGCAAGAAUCCUACUUUUUUGAUGGAACACCCUCAAAUUAUGUCUCCUCUUGCUAAGUAUCACAGAUCCAAGCCUAACGUCACUGAAAGAUUCGAACUUUUCGUUAACUACUACGAACUUUGCAAUGCUUUCACUGAACUUAACGAUCCCUUCAAACAAAGAAAGAUCUUCGUUCAACAAAUUGAAGAAAAGAACAAGGGUGAUGUUGAAGCUAUGGGUUACGAUAAAGAUUUCUGUGAUUGCUUAGAACAUGCUUUACCUCCUACUGGUGGUUGGGGUUUAGGUAUCGAUCGUCUUGUUAUGCUUCUUACUGAUAACAUCUACAUCCAAGAAGUUCUCCUCUUCCCUGCCAUGAAGCCUAUCCUUGAAAACAAGAAAGAAGAAGAAGAAAUUAAGGAUAAAACUGAGUGAUUUUAAUAAAUAAAAACAUGAAGUUAGCGCUACUAAGCCAUAAUUAUAUUGUAUAUUAAAAUAUUAAAAUAAAUAAAUCUUUUUUAGUUGUUACUUAUUGUCUACCUUAAUAGUUAAAUGCGCUAAAAUAAAUACUUAUAAAGUAUAAAUUAAAAUAAAUUUAAUUAUUUAU